AGCGUCACUCAGCUGGUUUUGUAGCAGUAAAUGUUAGUUUUAUAAACAAAGUAACUGCUUCCGUUUGAAAGUCUUUGCUUAACUCUAUUAGAACUAAUAAAUUUUUACGGCUCAUAAAAAUAAUCUUCAACGUUUGCCCGCUACAUUUGACCUAUUGGGAGGCAGCCACAUCGAUUGCAAAGAUCUCUGGAAACUUUUGAUGCUGGCGGCGUUCUUAUCGCAAUCAUCAUCAGCGGAACAGACGAUAACAGCAACAACAUGACACAACAGAGUGAUCGGGACGGCAAUAAUCCCGCUGUGGAGGGAAAUAACGAUUUAAAGCAAUUCGUUAAUAAUUCGCCAGUGCUGCGCAUUGCGGUCUAUGGCAUGUCGGAGCUAAUCAACACGCGACUAUCUGCUAAGGCCCUCGACAUAUGCUUGGAACUACUUGGAGCAGGUGUCCAUCCAAAGGCGCUUGCCGACGUUAUAUUACACACCAUGGAUGCCAAAGAGAAACGUUCCGGCCGUCCAUUCGUUUAACUAAACUGGAUUUCACCAACUAAUAUGCGUGUUAUCAAAAUGAAAAACACACUCACGUAUAAUGCGAAACUUGAGAUUAGGUGAACAACAAUCAGCGGAUGGGCCACCUGCAAACGUCUAGACAAUUAUACCUUCCAUAAAAACAAACAAACCUGAUAGCAAGCACAAAACGUUGUUAAUCUGUUGUUAAGUGUUAUAAAAAAAGAAAUUGUUAUAUUUAGUA